AAUAAAAGGUCUUGAUCUGUUUCGGACGCUACAUCUCAGUACACGUAAAAUUGCUCUCAAAGUCUGCUAUGGCUGUCCAUUCGUCUGGUUAAUACCUCGCUCUGAGUGUUUAGAGUGAUGUUUCGUCAACGUUUAAAAGGUGCCCAUCGUGUUGGUGCUCCAGGUUCUAUUAAUCAGUCACAACAGAAUCAGCAUCCAACACAGCAAAUGGUUGGAUGGGGUGGUCAGCAACAUCAGUGUAAUGAUUCCACCCAACCCCCUUUUGCACCUGGAUGGCCACAUCAAUCUGGCCAUAAUCCCCAUCAUACCCAACAACAUCCGUCAGAAGGUGGUGUUUGGACAUCGGGAAUUGAAACAUCAGAUGGUGCAUGGAAUUGGGGAGAAAGUGGUAAUGAUGCAUGGUCUUGGAAUGGGAAUAAGCAUUCCACAACUAAUCACCAGCAGCAACUGAAUCAGCACCAGCAGUCUGCUCAACAUUACCUUCAGCAUCGUGCUCACACUCAGCAGCUGCAGCAUACGUCACAGCAGCAGUAUUCUAAGCCUCCUCAUAAUGUGUUAAAUAACCAGCAUGCUGUAACUACUGCUUCUGCUGUUUAUGAGCAAAAUCAGAAUCCUACGAAUGCUCAGCAGUUCCUUAAUGGGAGCAACCCAAGUAGUUCUGGAGCUGAAGAUUGGGGAGGAGACAAUUGGGGCAAUGACUGGGAAAGCAGUGAUUCUUUCAACAACAACAAUAAUACUAAGCCAGCCAAUUAUGGAAAGCAGGAACAUCAACAAAAUCAGUAUUACCAAGGGAACCAGGAACAACAUCAGUACCAAGAAUAUCAUCAUCAUCAUCAGUAUCAAGAUGUACAGCAGCAACAAAUAUUGCAACAGGAGCAGCAAGUGCAUCAACACCAUAGCUCUUAUCAGCAACAAAAUUACCAGCUGAGUCACUAUGGUCAGGAUGGAGAAAAUAAACAGCAAUAUGAAUAUUACAACUAUCAACUGCAACCACAACAGCAGCAGCCACAUCAACAGCAACAAGAACAGCAGCAGCCACAUCAACAGCAACCAGAACAGCAGCAGCCACAUCAACAGCAACCAGAACAGCAGCAGCCACAUCAACAGCAACCACAGCAGCAGCUACAUCAACAGCAACCACAUCAACCACAGCAGCAGCAACCACAGCAGCAGCAACCACAACAGCAGCAACCACAACAGCAGCAGCAGAAUAAGUUGCAAGAAGAGAAUAUCAUGAGUUGUGAAAUGCACCUUGUACAACAAGAACAAGAGAAACAACAUCCACUUCAGCAGUACUCCGAACAUCCAGUAGAGGAUGAAUGGGGUUGGGAUAAUGAUGACUGGCAGACCAAUGGAGUUCCUUCUUCAGCACAUCAGCAGGAAACAAACUUCCAUGAACAGUCUCAGUAUAAUUCUGAAACAUUUAGCAAGGAAAUGCAUAUUUCAAAAUCAGAACAAGUCGCACAUUCUGCUCAUGGAACCCAAAUAGAAAAUGGUGUUUCACCACAGAUAGGUUGUGGAGAUGCUUCUGGUGAUGGAUGGCCUGAUUGGGAGGCUAAACAGACUCAACCAGGUAAUGAUCAGCAACAUUUACAGCAAUUGCAUACUCCAGAAGGAUUCCUUAAGGAUACAAGCUGUCCAUCUCAUCAGAGUCUUGGAGGACAAGAAAGCCAACAACCACCUCAGCAACAGCUAGAUGAUGGUUUAAAACCAGAAAAAACACAGGCUAAUCAGGUAGUUGAUAGCACCAAUGCUGUGACUUCUCAUAGUUGUACACCAUCACUUAACUCUACUACUACUGUAUUGCCUGGAGCAGGUAGUACUCUUCAUACCAAACAAGACUCCUGGGGCUGGGAAUCAAAUGAGUUUAAUACAGUAGAGGAUAAUAGAACAAUUCAAGCUUAUUCAGUAGACUCUGAAGACACUCCCUUCGGGUAUGAGACAUAUAAUGAACCUAUUGCUGCACAUCAGAAAUCAUCUUAUGGGGAUGUGAAUACUGAAAAUGUACCACCUGUUGAAAUAGAUUCUUCUAAAACUGCCGUGACAGAACCUGUUCCAGCAGAUCAGAUCUCAACCUCAGCAGUGGUUAGUAAUUGGGAUGAUGGUUGGGGUGAUGGUUGGGAGGCAGAAGUUCACACUUCUAAAGAUCCCUAUUUAGAGCAGAUUAGAAGUGCUGAAGAAAUUGGUCCAAAUAAACAUGCUGUAAAUGGAGAUCCAUCUCAUCCAAAGCCACUAGAGCCCCAGCACAAGGAAUUUUUAUACCAACCCGAAAGGGUAACAUGUACAGAAAAUGAAGUGGCAGCUCAGCCAGAUCAGAAGCAGAAAGAGUAUAGUGAGAAAGACUAUAGUUUACAGACACAGAAUCAACAAUAUUAUGAUGACAUUCCAGUUACUUCAGCAGCAAGAUGGGAUGAUGGAUUGGAACAAAACCAUGAAAUCAGGUAUCCAUCUAAUCAUAUUAAAGAGAGAACUGAGACCUGUGGCACCAAUGAUAACUCUACAACAUAUGAAGUUGCUACUUCAAUCACUGAGGCAGUUGAUGGAAUGACAAUAAGAGAAGAUUUACAGCAAGUGAAGGAAGAAUUAGCCUCUAUGACACUUCAAGAAGACAAGAACUCUCAGGAAUCCCCUCAGCAGCAGCAAAAUGAUACUGAAACAAAUUUAGAAUCUGAAGUUUAUCCAGAGAAUUUUCCAUCUUGCAACCAUCAAUUUCCUCCGGAGGAAAGUCUCGCAAACUCGGACCCUGCUAAUGAAAUGAAUGUAUUGUUAUUACAACAACAGGAGGAGAUUCAUAAACAAGAUCAUCAGAUAUGUCAGCAGCAAGAACCCCUUUCUUGGCUUGGUCCUCAACAGGAGAAACUGGAAGAUGCUCGUUCAGAAUCUGAUCUUCAAGUGCAGCAACACAAGCAGCAGCAGCAGCAACACCACCACCACCACCACCAACAACAACAACAACAACAACAACAACAACAACAACAACAACAACAACAACAACAACAACAACAACAACAACAACAACAACAACAACAACAACAACAACAACAACAACAACCUGAUUUACAGCCUCUGCAGGCAUCAGUAAUGUUAGAUCAAGUCCAAACUGGAUAUGAGCAUGUAGCAAGCCAAAAUACUCAUCUACAUGGGGCCUCUGGAAAUGCCAAGCUGAUCAAUCCUCAAGAAGUUCAGCCUCAACUCAUCCAGACUUCCCAAAGUUCUGAUCACCAGCUUCAUAUGCAAAUCUCUCAAGAAGGUGCUGAUUCUGGUCAUCCAUUGACUUCCCUGGCUGCUGAUCCCCUGCUGAUGAGAAUUCCAGAUGGAGCCUCUUCUGUCUCUGAAAUGCCACCAACCAUACCAGGCAAGUUAAUAAUACAUCUUCAAGUGAUCACCCCACAGUAAGGGGGUUAUGGCUUC